AUGCUGGCCGUGCAGCACGCUCCCAGGGGCGGUUCGACGCAGCGUGAAUCCGAGUCCUUGCUCAUGUUUGGUUACUCGGUAGACUCAACGCAGGCAGACAUCUUCGAUGCCGCCCCAGACCCAGCUCCCGGAGCACCGCUCCUGACCGAGACGGAUAGCAAAUUCCUCAGCUCCUUUUUCGAGGAUAUGACGUCAAAUCAAUACAACAUGCCUUCGUUUGGCGAAGGCCUCAACUUCAGCGAUGCCUGGCUAGAUCUUCCCCCUCAGUUCAUGGGCUCAUCCACCUCCCUCGGUUCUCAAGCGCCUUCGGCCGAUUUUGAUUUUUCCAGUGACCACCAGAACGAUCUGGCUAGAAUGUUGUCUGCCGACUCGAGCAUGAUGCCCCCCCCUCCCCCUCCUGCUCCAGGCUCGGCCCCCUCGCAUACACAGACGUUUUCUCACCAUCACUCGGACGAUGUCCUGAACGCCGCCGCAACCUUGCUUCAGAAUGGGAACCGAUCCGGUGCACCCAAGAGCAGCAGCAGCCCCGGCAGUGCCGCCAACCGCCCUGUGGUAUACCCAGUUGGCCACCUGAGACACCAGCCGAUGGAGGAAUUCAAGGAAGAGAACCGGAGGAGCAGCCAGGCACCUGAAGUAGACCACACAUUCACUCGCUGGAUGUGGGGGUCAAAGGAAAAGACGUCCGUCUCGAAGCCCGUCUUGGGCGACUUCCAAUGGGGUUCAGACGCAAGCUUCUCCGAAGUCCAGGGUCCCGCCAACGGGCAAGCCACAAGCAGCAACAGUGACGGACCUGUCUACGUCAAGAUGGAGGAGGAUGCCAACGCACCGCCAAGAAAGAGGCGGAAGAGCAAGAAUGUCCGGAGCACCGCGGCCGACGAGGAUGACGACGACGACGACGACGACGCCACCUCUUCAAAGUCAGGCCGAAAGCGAAAGAUCAAGUCUGAACGGUCAGCAAGCGGAUCAGAACCUCCUUCGGACACCGCUGCCGGCAGCAGACGCCGCAAGCCGGGCGCCAACGGAUCAAAGCCGCCCCGUGAGAAUCUCUCCGAGGAACAGAAGCGCGAGAACCACAUUCGCAGUGAACAAAAGCGACGGACUCAGAUCAAGGAAGGCUUUGACGAUUUGGGCGAACUGGUACCCGGGCUGAAGGGGGGCGGCUUUAGCAAGAGCACCACCCUAGCCAUGGCUGCCGAGUGGUUAGACGAGCUGCUACGAGGAAACAAGGCCCUCGCCAUGCAAGUCUCUUCCCUCGAGAAACGAUGA